AUGCGGGACCCGCGGGGCGCCAAGCCGCCCCUGGACCCGGUACGCCUUGUGCUGCCCGUGCCUGUGCUGCCCGUGCCUGUGCUGCCCGUGCCUGUGCUGCCCGUGCCUGUGCUGCCUGUGCCUGUUGCUGCCCGCGCCUGUUGCUGCCCGUGCCUGUGCUGCCCGUGCCUGUGCUGCCCGUGCCUGUGCUGCCCGUGCCUGUUGCUGCCCGUGCCUGUGCUGCGCGUGCCUGUGCUGCCCGUGCCUGUGCUGCCCGUGCCUGUUGCUGCCCGUGCCUGUGCUGCCCGUGCCUGUGCUGCCCGUGCCUGUGCUGCCCGUGCCUGUGCUGCCCGUGCCUGUUGCUGCCCGUGCCUGUGCUGCCCGUGCCUGUGCUGCCCGUGUCUGUGCUGCCCGUGCCUGUGCUGCCCGUGCCUGUGCUGCCUGUGCCGGUUGCUGCCCGUGCCUGUGCUGCCCGUGCCUGUGCUGCCCGUGCCUGUUGCUGCCCGUGCCUGUGCUGCCCGUGCCUGUUGCUGCCCGUGCCUGUGCUGCCCGUGCCUGUGCUGCCCGUGCCUGUUGCUGCCCGUGCCUGUGCUGCCCGUGCCUGUGCUGCCCGUGUCUGUGCUGCCCGUGCCUGUGCUGCCCGUGCCUGUGCUGCCUGUGCCGGUUGCUGCCCGUGCCUGUGCUGCCCGUGCCUGUGCUGCCCGUGCCUGUUGCUGCCCGUGCCUGUGCUGCCCGUGCCUGUUGCUGCCCGUGCCUGUGCUGCCCGUGCCUGUGCUGCCCGUGCCUGUGCUGCCCGUGCCCGUGCUGCCCGUGCCUGUGCUGCCCGUGCCUGUUGCUGCCCGUGCCUGUGCUGUCCGUGCCUGUGCUGCCCGUGCCUGUGCUGCCUGUGCCUGUUGCUGCCCGUGCCUGUGCUGCUCGUGCCUGUGCUGCCCGUGCCUGUGCUGCCCGUGCCUGUGCUGCCCGUGCCUGUUGCUGCCCGUGCCUGUGCUGCCCGUGCCUGUGCUGCCCGUGCCUGUGCUGCCCGUGCCUGUUGCUGCCCGUGCCUGUGCUGCCCGUGUCUGUGCUGCCCGUGCCAGUGCUGCCCGUGCCUGUGCUGCCUGUGCCUGUUGCUGCCCGUGCCUGUGCUGCCCGUGCCUGUGCUGCCCGUGCCUGUUGCUGCCCGUGCCUGUGCUGCCCGUGCCUGUUGCUGCCCGUGCCUGUGCUGCCCGUGCCUGUGCUGCCCGUGCCUGGGUGUAG